UGGUCGGUCAUUGGAUGGGUGACCAAAAAUUUACUAUUUCUAGCUCCUCCGUGCUUCGGAAGGCAUGUUAAGCCGUUGGUCCCCGCUGCACCCGCCAGUCCGGACUGGGCCCGCGUGCUCAGAAUACACUCAACUGGUCGGUAAAAAUAAGCUACGUUGUAAUUCAGCUUUCGAGCUGUCGUGGGAGCUGCGGCGGCUGUCGGCGCUGGAGCACGAGUUCAAGACGGAGUACCAGGAGCUGCGCGUGCAGUGCCAGGAGUUCGCGACGGCGCUGCUGGACCACACGCGCACGUCGCACGAGCUGCAGGUGCUGCUCAACCACGAGAAGGACUCUCCCCAGGCGCCGCUGCCGGAGCCCGGCGCGCCCGAGCGCAUGCGCCUGUCGCGGCUCAAGCUCGCCAUCAAGCUUAGGCAGAAGAAAUUCGUAGCACACCCCAACGUGCAGCAGCUACUGGCGUCCAUCUGGUACGAGAGCGUGCCGGGGUUCCGGCGCAAGAACAUGCUGCUGCAGGCGGCGGAGAUGGUCCGCAUCGGCGCCAUGUUCCCGCUCUACUCGCUGGCGUACGUGGCCGCGCCGCACUCCGCCGCCGGCCGCACGCUGCGCAAGCCCUUCAUCAAGUUCCUGUGCCACUCCGCCAGCUACUUCAUGUUCCUAUUCCUGCUGAUCCUGGCAUCGCAGCGUAUCGAGACGGCGGCGAGCGGGCUGCUGUGGGACGCUCCCGCGCCGCGCGCUGAGCCCGUCUCCCGCCGCGGCGCGCCGCCCUCACUCAUCGAGUGGCUCAUCCUCUCCUGGGUCAGCGGUCUGAUCUGGAGCGAGGUGAAACAGCUGUGGGACAUGGGACUCCGGGAGUACGUGCACGACAUGUGGAACGUGAUAGACUUCGUCACGAACUCGCUCUACGUCGCCACCGUCGCCUUACGCAUAGUCUCACAUUUUCAGGUGCGUCGCGAGAUGGCUCAGGGCUUACAAUGGAAUCAGCCGCGAGAGAAAUGGGACGCGUGGGAUCCGAUGCUGCUCUCCGAGGGUCUGUUCUCCGCGGCGAACAUCUUUAGCAGCCUCAAGCUCGUGUACAUAUUUAGUGUAAACCCGCACCUGGGCCCGCUGCAAGUCUCCCUCAGUCGGAUGGUCCUGGAUAUAUUGAAAUUUUUCAUCUUAGACAUAUUGGUGAUAUUUGCAUUUUCUUGUGGCCUGAACCAGCUUCUGUGGUAUUACGCUGACAUGGAGAAGAAGCGGUGUACGACUGGCACCUCCAUCCCGGCACCGAACGGGACUUUACCUGACCCCGACGCUUGCAUUGUCUGGAGACGAUUCGCAAACUUGUUCGAGACAAUGCAGACGUUGUUCUGGGCGGCGUUCGGGCUGGUCGACCUGGACUCGUUCGAGCUGGACGGUAUCAAGAUCUUCACCCGCUUCUGGGGCAUGCUCAUGUUUGGCACGUACGCCGUCAUCAACGUCAUCGUACUCCUCAACCUGCUCAUCGCCAUGAUGAAUCACUCCUAUCAACUUAUAUCUGAGCGUGCGGACGUCGAGUGGAAGUUCGCGCGCAGCAAGCUGUGGAUCUCGUACUUCGAAGAGGGCGGCACCGCGCCUCCGCCCUUCAACGUGGUGCCGUCGCCCAAGUCGCUGCUGUACGCCUGGCGCUGGCUGCAGCGACGCAUGUGUGGCCACGCGCGCGCCAAGCGGGAGCAUAUGCGAACCAUCAGGAGAAAAGCAAAGCAAGCCAAUGAGCGCGAUUUUCGGUAUCAGGCCAUAAUGCGCAACCUGGUGCGCCGCUACGUGACGGUGCAGCAGCGACGCGCGGAGAGCGGCGGCGUCACCGAGGACGACGUCAACGAGAUCAAGCAGGACGUGUCCGCCUUCCGCUGCGAGCUGGUGGAGAUCCUGCGCAACUCCGGCAUGAACACGUCCACCGCCAACGCCGGCGCGCCAGGCGGAGGCGGUGGCAAAAAGAACCGUCAGAAGGAGCGGCGUCUCAUGAAAGGGUUCAACAUAGCGCCGGGCGGGUCUCUGACGGCCGGCGACGAGUUCCUGGCGUCGCUGCACCACGAGCACGGCGGCGCGCACGGCGCCCACCACGCGUCGCUGUCGGCGCUGCUGGGGGCGAGACUCCGCACCUCGCAGUCCUCGCUGUCCGACGGAGGCGCCGCGCCUCCGCCAGCCUCCUCGCACUCACACUCGCAUUCGCACUCUCACGGUCGACGCAAGCCCGCGCCGCACAAGCGCCGCUGGGGCACUAUCAUCGAAGCCGCGCGCGCCGCUCGCGUCUCGCGCUUCAUCGGCCGUUCGCGCUCCGAGGACUCCGUCUGCGACCACUCGAGGCAUUCACCCAGCGGCAGUGAGCGAUCGGAGUCCGGCAGCGACUCGCAGCGCAGCCCGGAGCGGGGCAGCGGACGGAUAACGGGCCCCCUGCACCCGCUGUCGGCGCUGGCAGCGCUCAAGCGAAAGCGCAAGAAGUUCUCGGACUCGCGGCGUGCGGCCGAGGAGGCUCGCGCGAGUGGGGCCGCGACUGCAGGCCCGGGAGGGACGCGGGGCGCGGGGCUCGAGGCGCUGCAGCGCGCCAGCUCCGUGCCUGCGCGCGCCCCGCCCGCCCCCGCCCCCGCCCCCGCCCCCACCCCCGCGCCGCCCCGCGCCCCGCCCGCGCCGCCCGCUCCCUCCUCCGCCCCCGCCACCGCCCGCGGGGGCAGCCGGGAGCCCCUCCUCGCCAGCCUAGAUGAAGACGCACAUAAGGAGGCUUGUGAUGAAUGCGGCAUGGAGGCGAGCGAGGCUGACGAAGCUCCAGCGGCGUCAAAGAUUGCGGCAGACGCGGGGUCGGGGCCGGGGGCGGGAGCGGGGGUAGUAGUGGGGGCGGGGGAGUCGUGCGGCCGAUGCGCGGCGCUGACGCGGCUAGCCGGAGUCACGCCACUUCACGGCCACGCGCCGCAUAACUCCGCCGGCUGGCUGUAACCACCGCACGACCAACAACCUUACGUUCCAUAAGGCGCUUUGCAGACGGCGGGGCGGAGCGGACCGGUCAAUUUCGCCGCGUACGAUAGCACAAAGUGAAUCCUAUACUACAAACGCACACAGAGGGCAAAAAGACCAUGUCCGCGGCUGCCCGCCGUGGAUCAUACAAACCAGUUUAUAUGCAGUAACGGAGACGGCGGCGCGGGGCGGCUAGCUCAGUCCGCGCCACGCGCUUUUAGUGAUGGACUAUUCACUAGAACGAACGUCCUGAACUGCCUGCCUCUGCCCGUCCCGUCGUGCCCGUGCUUUGUGUACGCGGCGAGGGCAGCCGCAGACAUCGACGGCCAGACGCGGUUUUUAUUGCUUCGCGGACAAAAAGCCCGCCCCGCCCCGUCGUCUGCAAAGCGCCUAAUAGUGAUCAUGAGACUGCCGAACGACCCGCGUUGCCGUCUCCCCACCGGACUCCUGCGUGAACGACUGACGAGACAGAAGCGCAAACUAUACUUAGUGAUUUAGUUUAUGUUUAGUUACGUUUAAGUUGUAUGUUAUUAUAGUUCGGUAACAUCGAUUACAAUUUAAGGGAUUCGACUCGCCUCGGACGUGUCGCGAUCUCGUUAUGUUUGACUAUUCCGAUCUACGAAAUAUUUCUUAUUGUUACUAGAUAAGGUUUACCGCAAAGCGAAAGUUUGAAAACUGCCAGGAGACACGCAGUGUUGAUAUUUUCUUCAUCGAUGAUUUUUAGAGGCUCCGAACCGACCAUAUGAAUAGUUAUUCCGGAAACAUUGUUUUAACAUUUAAAUGAAUACAUAUUACAAAAAAUGGCCUAACAAAGAGGGUGGAAAGCACGCACGUCUCUCAUCACACAAGAACCAAUACUAACUGCGAGAUGGUAUAACUACUUAACUUACUAGAAUCAACUUUGACAGAGGGACCGGUGAUUGUGACCAAUUUCAGUAAUACAGACAUAUUUAAAUAAACUCUAUUUCUCUCUAUUUUACUUGAAAAAAGACGCAAUGUUUAAAUUCUGUGAUAUAAAUAUUUACCUACGUAUAUAAAAUUAAGAAUAUUUGCGUGCGUGUUAUUCCUAUCCCGCCUUUUAUUUUAUAAUCUACAGUGGUACUAAUAUUGGAAUAUAGCAUUAUAAAUUAUUUAGGUAGAUGAAAUUAAAUAACGAUAAACUUAGUUAUAUUGUGUAUCUGUGUUAUUAAUCUCAAAAACAGUCUACUAUACGUGUUUAUUCAUGUUAAAUAUUAUGCCUAAAAUUAUAAACCUAACUUAGAUUAAAAUACAAAGGGAAGAUACGGUACGCUCAUACUAGCAUCAAACCGACUCAACUACAUAAGCAACUAA